AUGGGCAGCACGUCCCCCGACGGCGACCUGCCCUACUGGCAGGUCAACGUGCCGCCCUCGGAGCGCGAGGCCGAGUGCCCGGACUUCCUCCGCGACCUCAGCGACAAGGACCGCGGCAUCGUCGGCACCCGGGACGCCGACUUCCGCCCGGACUCGUGGGCCGUCCUGCGGCGCAAGAUCGAGACCAACCGGCUCGACCUGCUGCGGCGCGUGCCCUCCGUGCUGCGCCUCUACCUGGCCUACAACCGCAAGAUCGCGCGGCAGCACGGCAGCGUCAUGGCCUUCGUCCUGUCGCAGCGCCUGCGGUGGGAGCCGCCCAUCGUGGCUCGGGGCCGGCCGUUCGAGUUCCCCGAGGACGACGUCAAGAUCCUGUGGAACGACUGGCCGUACGGCGUGGACGACAGGGUCGUGCACCUGGUCGUGUGGACCAAGUUUCCGUUCGAGGAGGACCCGAUCACAGGGGACCUGACGGACGCGGCGAGGGCGGAGAUUGAAGAGUUUGUGGUCAAGACGUUUGGGCAGAAUAUGCCUCGAGAUCGGGUAGGCCAGUGCUUGCUUUGUCAGUUUUUGAUGCUCGAGUCUGGUUGCUGA